AUGGCUGUGGCCCAACAGCUGCUGGCUACAUUUCAUGCCAUUCUAAAAAUCGAAGUAAUAGAUAUGAGGAGUACAAUUAUAUUUACUUUGGCCACGCUUUUGGCAUUUGGGAAACCCGCACAUGGCUACAAAACUUAUUAUCUAAUGGGAGAAGAAGACAAGAUGCAGUUGGACAGAAUAUUUACGGAAAUCGAUAAGUUGCAUCAGUUGAAUAAAGAUGAGGUAAAAUUUCCUGCCUAUGCCAUUGGAUUCAAUGGCUUUCUGAACGAAAGUCUCGAAGGUUCUUCUGAUAUAAUAGCAAUGUCGAAUAAAUUUAGGUGGAUUUCAAGGCAUUACAAAAAAAUGAGAAAAUUCGAGUCAGCUGAGUGGGAAAAUUACACACAACUCAACUUGGCUGAGGCGCAGGUAUUUACAGGAGAUGGGAACAUUAUGAAUAUGGAGAAAUAUCACUUGAAAUUCUUUGGAAGGGAUCUUAUCAGCCAACUGGCCAAGUUAAACCAGUUUGAGGUCCAAACGUGCAAGUCGCCGCAAUCGCCGCAGCAAUUUCUCUACUUCUUUUAUGUGUGCUACAUUAUUCACGAACUGAAGGCUCACGCCCUAGUAGAGUGGGCCCGGCUGUUGCUGAGGAAAUUUGGACGAGAUGGAUCUAUCGAGGAGCAGGACAGGUCAGCCUACAAGCGCACGGAAGGCACUCUAUCGAAGAUAAAGGACCUGAUGAGCCGAGCAGAUCGCUCCGUGUGGCGCUGUGAUCCCUGGAAACACGAGUACGGGGUCACCUACGAGGAGGUCACCCGUCUCCUGCAGGGUUACGUGGAGAACGAGGUGGACCUGAACAGCGAUGGAGAGUGCAGUCGAGACUGCGGCUACUACAAGUCCGCCAGAAAUGAGGGCUGUUUCGAUAGUAAGUUCUGUUCCGAGCAGCCAAAAUGUUCGGGCGGAGUGCACGAUUGCCGCUUUGUGGAGUCGUCUAUGAAGAUUUGUCAGGCGGAGAAGACCUCUAGCCGGCGGUACGAGUUCAUAGAGUAUGAGAGUGGCCUAGUUCAUGGCACUCAAAAACACUGUCACACUUGGUCGAACAGUGCAAAGAGUUGGAAUCGCUGGCUUUUCAUGGAGUGCAGCUACUGCCUAUGCUUGUGCGAUGAGCAGAGUGCUCAAUCGGAUCGCUACUUCAACCUGCGCCCUGUGCUCGCCGAUGUGAAGAACAACAGGAUUGUGACAGGCCUGCGGUUUGUGAAGAAGAAUCGCAUCUUUCACCUGCAAGUGCAGGAAGGUGAGCUUCUGCCACGUGGAGCCAUCAACGAGACCACUCUUCAGUGGAAGCCCGUGGAUUCGUACUCCACACUCGACAAGAAUGUGACCGAUACCGUUGACUACCAUAAGCUGAGCUACGAAAGUCGAUCCCUUGACCUGGGUGAUGUGAAGGCGGAAAACAAUUCAGCAGUGGUCACCGGCCUGCGGUUCCGAGUGAUGGCAGGUCAUCUUCAACUGGAGGUCCAGUUCAGCGCAGUUGAGUUUGAAAGUGGAAAGCUCAUAGAUCCCACGAAGACGAGUCACUGGACGUCCUUAGCCACCGAUCAGAAAAGGGAGAAACUGCCGCUUAGGGACGCCCAAGUGUCCAGUAAAUCCGCGGUGCCUUCUAUACCUUACCCAAGUGACAACCAGUACAUCGAAUUUACCAACACGGGCUUCGUUCAGGAUGCGGCCCAAUCUACGGUGCCGUUCAUCGAUAUUCAGGACGUCGUGACGAAACCGGCGGUCCCACUUUCCGGAAUCGGAAUAUACUACAAAGGUCUGGAUGGCUACGGUGGUUUCUUGGCGCCCCGACUCACCACCUACGACUUCACCCAAAAUGUUCAGGUGCCCACAUGGGAAUCAAUGCACUCCAAGGAUACGAUAUGA